CUGCACAUUUUUAUUCUAAAGAAAAUCAACCACCACUUGCGACACUGUUUUCUGACACAGACACCAUUCCUUCCGCGGCUUCACUUUACCACCAGAACCUCUCUCUCUCUCUGAAAUGCCUCACGCGUUAUAGAUUAAAAUAAUGUGAUCAUCCUUUCUUUCUUUUCAUCUCUUCCCACUAAAACAUCCACCUUUAGUUUCCAACCUUUUUUUUGUCCCAAAUCUCCAUCUGGGUUAUUAGUUUUCGUGUCUACCUUUGGUUUUCAACCUUCAACUCCAUUCCAUAAUCAAAGUGUGUAAAAGGUGUUAUUUCCUUUUUACUCUACUCAUUGCUUCUAAGGCCUUUUAUUCUGAUUUGUUGGUUUCUUCGUGAGUGCUUCUGAAAAAAAUUGGAACAUGGUGCUUUUUGGGUACCCAGUUGAGCCUUUUUGGUUUGUUCAACCGACAAGUCAAUAUAUGUUGUAGCACAAGUGUAUGAGCUGCUCCUUGUAGUGCUUAGAGGGCAUGGUCUUUUUGCUGACUGUGAGUAAAUCUGCUACUUGUUAUACUUGUUAGUUCAAUAUCUUUAGGGGAAGUAGAAUGGGAUCUGGCAGUGAGGUUCACUCAGUUGUGGAGUUCAGUCUGGAUGCAAAGUGGCUUAUAGAUCCCAAGCAACUAUUUGUUGGGCCAAAAAUUGGGGAAGGUGCCCAUGCCAAAGUGUACGAAGGAAAAUAUAAAAAUCAGAAUGUUGCUGUUAAGAUUAUUAAUAAGGGUGAAACCCCAGAACAGAUUUCUAGGAGAGAGGCUCGGUUUGGCAGAGAAAUUGCAAUGUUAUCUAGAGUUCAACACAAAAAUCUAGUUAAGUUUAUUGGGGCCUGCAAAGAACCAGUUAUGGUUAUUGUAACUGAACUUCUGUUAGGGGGAACAUUGCGCAAAUACCUUUGGGGUAUCCGGCCAAACUGCUUGGAUAUGCGUGUGGCAGUUGCAUUUGCUCUGGAUAUUGCGCGAGCAAUGGAAUGCUUACACUCUCAUGGGAUCAUUCAUCGUGACCUUAAACCUGAUAACUUGAUCUUGACAGAAGAUCAUAAAACCGUUAAACUUGCCGAUUUUGGUCUAGCCAGAGAAGAGUCCUUAACAGAGAUGAUGACUGCUGAGACAGGGACAUAUCGUUGGAUGGCUCCAGAACUUUACAGCACUGUCACUCUAAGACAAGGGGAGAAGAAGCAUUACAACCAUAAGGUGGAUGCCUACAGUUUUGCUAUAGUUCUGUGGGAGCUCAUCCAUAAUAGGUUGCCUUUUGAAGGCAUGUCAAAUCUACAGGCUGCAUAUGCAGCUGCAUUUAAGAAUACAAGGCCGAGUGCUGAAGACCUCCCUGAUGAAUUGGCUCUGAUUGUGACCUCUUGUUGGAGAGAGGAUCCAAAUGAUCGACCCAAUUUCUGUCAAAUAAUACAGAUGUUGCUUCGAUAUCUAAUUACCAUUUCCCCGGCCGAUCCAGUUGUUCCGAUGCGUAUUGCAUCAUCCAAAAAUGCUGUAUUGCCACCAGAAUCUCCAGGUACAAGUGCUUUAAUGGCUCGAAGAGAUGAUUCUAGCGAAACCCCAAAAGUUGAUAUUGAAGGCAGGUCUAAAGGGUGUUUCUUCUGCUUUAAUCAGUGUUACUGAUGACCACACAAUGGAGCUCCCCGAGAUCACAUUGUGGUAAUCUGAAUAAAUCCGUCACAAAAUGUUGCAACUAAAAUCUAAACAAGAAAGCUUUUUUUAUUCAAUGACGCAGUUUAGUUCACCUUCAUUCGAUGUUCUCAGUAAGAGUAGCAUGUCAUUCUCUUUUAACAUUGGGUUUACUCACUUCUUCUAACCAAUUGGGGUUGAGGUUGCUGAGAUGUAUUGUUGUACAAUAUGGUUCAUCCAAAGGCCUUCACCUCCUGCUUAAUGCUUAAUGUAUGGAAAUGACAUGGAUAAUAAAUGAAAAUGGAGGACCAUUUUUAUCAC